AUGACAAGCACAGCGUCUCGUGGCGCAGCUGAUGCCAUCUUCCCAGACGCACGUCGGGAUAUGCAAACAACCUCGGCCCCUGCGCCGUCAUCAUCGACAACGACGAACGCUGGUGUCACGCGGCGCGUCGUAGCGGCCUCGUUCAUUUUCAAGACGUCCCCCGAUGUUGCUGCGAAUGAUGCAGGCGCAGGGGACACGCCUCCUGUUUCGAGUAUAGAACAAGUGGCCCUUUUCCGCCGGAGUGGGAAAGUGAGGACAUACCAGCAUAAGCUCGCUCCAGUCAGCGGGAGCAUGGACGCAAGCCUCGACAACAACAAUCCUCUGCUCACCGCGAUACGUGAGAUUAGAGAGGAAACCGGUCUCGUCGCAUCUUCUGGGAGCAGUCCCCAACGACAACGCGACGACCUGGAGCUGAUCCUCGCCGGCAAGCCAUAUCGGCUUCUCGAUGAUGAGAUUGGCCGGGAGUGGCUGAUUCAUCCGUUCUCCUGGCGCCUGCGGGGGGAAAGGGGCGAGCAGCGCAUCACGAUCGACUGGGAGCAUGAAGGGUGGGAGUGGCACGACCCGCUCGCCGUGAGUGACAGCGAAGCCUUUGGCGGAGUGCCGAAGCUGGCUAAGAGCCUGAGGCGCGUGUGGCCUGCUGCUGACCUCGGGGCCGUCGCCGGGAGGUUGCUGAUGGCUGGGCUGCGAGAGCUGAAGGAUGACCAUGAUAACGGGGCCAGGCAGCUUGCCACUCGCGCCGUUAUGAUUCUGAAGGACGUGGUGGAGCAUAUGGACAUGGCCCAGGGAAUUUACCACGUCGAUAAUGGAGACGACAAUAAUGACGAGAGUGAGAGGUAUUGGGAGUCAUUGCGAAUGGCAGCUUGGCAUCUCUGCGCCAAUGGCCGCCCGAGCAUGGGAGCGGCCAUCACGUCCGCCAUCCUGACCAGCCUCGCCCGGAUCGAGCCCGUCGUUGCCGACGAGACGACUUCCCUUCCCCAGAAGCAGAACCAGAUUCUCUCAAUCCUCAGCGACCAAAUCACCGAGCGGUCAGCCACGACUUCGCUUAUCCAGCAGUCGUUCCAAGAUUACAUAGCCCAGCUUAUCCGCGACAAGCACGCCGCCCUUCACAAACAACAAGAACAGAGUCCAGACACCAACCGGGGCAAAAGACCGGCAAUAUCGGUCCUCACCUUAUCCCUGAGCUCCACAAUCACGGGCUCCCUCCUCCAGAUCCUGCGCACUUGCGACGUACACCUGGACCUCCGGAUCCUUGAGUCCCGCCCGAGGUUCGAGGGCGUCACCUGCGCCGCCAAGCUCCUGGAAGAAACACAGCAGCAGACUCAGGCUCGCAACGACAAAGAGUCCAGCAGCAGCAGCAGCAGCCCCGCCGGGGAUGAGAAGAAGAAAGGGUGCGGCACUCUAGAGAUCUCCAUCUUCCCGGACGCCGCGGUCUCGCAUGCAGCGCGGGACGGCGUGGACGUGGUCCUGCUCGGCGCAGACCGCAUCAGCGCCGGAGGGGACGUGAGCAACAAGACGGGCUCGCUUGCCGCGGUGCUGUGUGCGCGGGAACUGUCGUCUUCGUCUUCUUCUUCUGAGGAACACCCUGCGGUGAAGCCGUCGCCCCGGGUCGUCGUGCUGAGCGAGACGGAUAAAGUCGCCAGGUCGGGCGAGAAGGAUGGCCAUGUUGUCGAGGAGAACGAUGCCGCUGAAGUGACUGCCGCGUGGUCCUCAGAUGCGGACACAAAAGUCGCCAGGGUCGAAGAAGUGUUGUCUCGUCUGACCGGCCGCAAUGGACGAGGAAGCGGUGUGAGUGCGGAGAAAGACGCCCGGAAGAGUCAAGUUGUUGUGAAGAACAUCUACUUUGAGUGGGUUCCGUCGCGGCUCGUGGACGGAUAUGUCACAGAACUGGGAGUCUGGUCUACAGAGGACAUUGCACAGAGGUCGGCGUGGAUUGGCGAAGAGGAGGAAAAGUUCUUCGGUGGCCUCUGA